AUGGACCAGAACUUGUUUGGUGGGGCUCCUCGGUUCCUCACCCGACCUAAGGCUUUCUCAGUCAGUGUGGGUAGAGAUGCCACACUCAGCUGCACCAUCAUUGGAAACCCAGUACCGGUCGUCACUUGGGAAAAGGAGAAGCUGCGACUCACCUCUGGGGGACGUUUUAAAACAGUGGAGGAUGGUGAUGUGUACCGCCUGACCAUCUAUGACUUAACCCUUGAUGACAGUGGCCAGUACAUGUGUCGAGCCAAAAACAAUGUCGGUGAGGCAUAUGCCGCUGUUACCCUCAAGGUGGGCCUGCCAGCCCAACUGGUGGAGCGAGCCCCUGUUUUCACGGUCAAACCGGUUUCUGCUCGAGUUGGCCUGGGUGGAGAUGUCACCUUCUACUGUCGAGUGUCAGCCCACCCCGAGCCCAACUUUGACUGGGAGAAAGAUGGGCGAUACCUUGGUGAGACGAACCGAAUUAAGAUUACCUCAGACAGUGAGUCCAGCUCUUUGCGGAUCCAGAGUGUGCGUAGCCUAGACAGUGGUACCUACACCUGCCGGGCUCAGAACUCCAUGGGUCGAUCCCAGGUGGCUGCUGCACUGGCCGUGGACCUUCAGGACACUCGCCAGCUCAAUGCGGAUAAAAGCACCUCCCUCCUGUCACACCUGCAGAAACGUAAGGAGGAGAUGUGUAAAGACAUCUCCUUCUACCGCAGCUCCGAGAGCUCCUCCUCAUCACUGACCUCCUUGUCUACCUCCAAGAUCUCGGAGGAGCUUGGCAGCCUCAGUCUUGGUUAUGAUCACCAGCAGAGCAUGUCUGCCCUAGCAAGCAUACUACCCACAGGUGUCUUCACCCGUACUUGCACAGUGACUGAGGGCAAACACGCCAAGCUCAGCUGCUUCGUCACUGGCCAUCCUAAACCCCAGAUUAUCUGGAGGAAAGAUAGGGUGAACAUCAGCGAAGGUCGACGGCAUGUCAUGUAUGAAGACCAGGCAGGAAACUUCAUUCUCAAAAUCCUUUACUGCAAACAGAAUGACAAUGGCCUGUACACCUGUAAUGCAUCCAACUUAGCUGGGCAGACCUACAGUGCUGUGCUGGUGACUGUCAAAGAACCCAAAGUACCGUUUAAGAAAAAGCUGCAGGACGUAGAGGUGAGGGAGAAGGAAACAGCUCUGCUACAGUGUGAGGUUCCUGUGGCCAGUACUCAGGCCAGCUGGUUCAUGGAGGAGACCCGCCUGGAACAAAGCGCAAAGUAUCGUAUGGACGAGGAGGGAACGCUUCGACGUCUCACCAUCCGCAACGUCACCACCAAUGAUGACGCCGUCUACAUCUGUGAGAUGAAGGAGGGCAGUCGCACAGUGGCAGAGCUCACCGUCCUUGGCAAUAUCACAAAGAAGUUGCCAAGGAGAACCGUGGUUCCUGUGAGUGACUCCGUGAUCUUCUGUGUGGAACUGGAAUGCCCUGUCGAUGAUGCAUACUGGACCCGAAAUGGUGAGAAGCUUCUGGAAGACUCUCGUGUGUCCAUCGCUCGUGUGCAGUGCCAGUACACUCUGACCAUCCGUGACUGCAAGCUCGAGGACUCAGGAGAAAUCGCAUUCAUUGCCCAAGACUGCAAGACCUCAACACGCUUCUCUGUCACUGCUCCGAGGAAGCAUCCUCCAGAUCCCCCAGUUGAACCUAUAGUGCGAAACAAGACAGAGUCCUCAAUCACUCUCUGCUGGGCUCCACCUGACAGUGAUCGUCCAGUGCCCAUCAAUGGGUAUGUAGUGGAGAGAAGGAAGGUGGGGGCACAGACUUGGGUGAGAUGUUUAGGGACUGAGACAGUGUCUGAGACUGAAUACACCUUCAACAACGUACCUGAGGAGGCCAGCUACCAAUUCCGUGUCUCUGCUGUCAACGAUUUUGGCCAGAGCCCCCACCUGGAUAUCCCUGGAACGUAUUACCUUGAGCCCACAGCAUCAGUUAAGACAGGCCUGCUAAACUGUAGCGCCAUCUCUGGUGAUGAGGCCACACUGACUGUAGAGCUGUCAGCAGUGUGCUCGGGCUCAUGGUAUCUUAAUGGUCACCUUCUACGCAGUGGGACAGAUUACCUCAUCACUCGUACAAAAACCACCCACACUCUGACCAUCCGCCAGGUUUCCACAGAGCUGGAUGGAGCCCAGCUCAAGUUUGUUGGCGGAGGCUCAGAAAGUGUCUGCACGCUUAGCGUGAAAGCUGCACCUGCACGUUUUACAAGCAAGUCGUCUCAGGUUGAGGUCCUGACGUGCAAUGUACACUCCUCAGCCCAGCUUCAGACUGAGGUCAAUGUUUAUGGUCCACAGGUGUUGUGGAAGAAAGAUGGCAAGGAGCUGAAGAUGGGUAAAAAGUAUGAGAGUACAAGUAUAGAGCGCAAGCGCAUUCUCACAGUCCACAAUGUGAUGCAGGAGGACACUGGCAUCUAUGAAUGCAUCUGUGAUGGAGACAAGAUGGUCAUCCAGCUUUCGCUCAAAGAGGAGCCAGCAAAGUUUGUGAAUAAACCCAGGUUGCAGCCAGAGGACGUUUAUGCUGUGGCUGGUGAGGUACAACUCUGCUGUGAAGUGUCUUCUGUGGGCAGCGCUGUAGUCUGGAAGAAACAGCAAAAAGAGAUUAAGGAGGACAAAACCGUUACCUUUGUCUCCCAUGGAACUCAGAGAAAACUAAUCAUCAAGAGUGCCAAGCAGAAUGAUGAAGGGCUUUAUUCUUGCGAAACAACAGAAGAUAAGGUGACAUUCCAGGUCAAGGUGAAAGAGGCCCAAGCUGGAUUUGUGAACAAGGAGUCUGUGCAGAGGGAGGUGAAAGUUGCUCUCUCCCAGAAGGCCACUCUGAGCUGUGACGUGUCUGACUCCAAGACAGAGGUGAAAUGGUACAAGGAUGGCAAGCAGCUGAGUUCCAGUAAGACUGUCCACAUGGAGUCAAAGGGCAAGAGUCGUCAGCUGGUACUGGACAGUGUGGAGAAGAAAGAUGUUGGGGAGUACACCUGUGAGGCUGGAAGUGAGAAACUGGUCUUUAAGAUUCAGGUUGCAGAAAUCCAAGCUGGAUUUGUGAACAAGGAGUCUGUGCAGAGGGAGGUGAAAGUUGCUCUCUCCCAGAAGGCCACUCUGAGCUGUGACGUGUCUGACUCCAAGACAGAGGUGAAAUGGUACAAGGACGGCAAGCAGCUGAGUUCCAGUAAGACUGUCCACAUGGAGUCAAAGGGCAAGAGUCGUCAGCUGGUCCUGGACAGUGUGGAGAAGAAAGAUGUUGGGGAGUACACCUGUGAGGCUGGAAGUGAGAAACUGGUCUUUAAGAUUCAGGUGGCAGAAACACAAGGCAGGUCUGGAUUUGUGAACAAGGAGUCUGUGCAGAGGGAGGUGAAAGUUGCUCUCUCCCAGAAGGCCACUCUGAGCUGUGACGUGUCUGACUCCAAGACAGAGGUGAAAUGGUACAAGGAUGGCAAGCAGCUGAGUUCCAGUAAGACUGUCCACAUGGAGUCAAAGGGCAAGAGUCGUCAGCUGGUCCUGGACAGUGUGGAGAAGAAAGAUGUUGGGGAGUACACCUGUGAGGCUGGAAGUGAGAAACUGGUCUUUAAGAUUCAGGUGGCAGAGGCCCAAGCUGGAUUUGUGAACAAGGAGUCUGUGCAGAGGGAGGUGAAAGUUGCUCUCUCCCAGAAGGCCACUCUGAGCUGUGACGUGUCUGACUCCAAGACAGAGGUGAAAUGGUACAAGGACGGCAAGCAGCUGAGUUCCAGUAAGACUGUCCACAUGGAGUCAAAGGGCAAGAGUCGUCAGCUGGUCCUGGACAGUGUGGAGAAGAAAGAUGUUGGGGAGUACACCUGUGAGGCUGGAAGUGAGAAACUGGUCUUUAAGAUUCAGGUGGCAGAAAUCCAAGCUGGAUUUGUGAACAAGGAGUCUGUGCAGAGGGAGGUGAAAGUUGCUCUCUCCCAGAAGGCCACUCUGAGCUGUGACGUGUCUGACUCCAAGACAGAGGUGAAAUGGUACAAGGAUGGCAAGCAGCUGAGUUCCAGUAAGACUGUCCACAUGGAGUCAAAGGGCAAGAGUCGUCAGCUGGUCCUGGACAGUGUGGAGAAGAAAGAUGUUGGGGAGUACACCUGUGAGGCUGGAAGUGAGAAACUGGUCUUUAAGAUUCAGGUGGCAGAGGCCCAAGCUGGAUUUGUGAACAAGGAGUCUGUGCAGAGGGAGGUGAAAGUUGCUCUCUCCCAGAAGGCCACUCUGAGCUGUGAUGUGUCUGACUCCAAGACAGAGGUGAAAUGGUACAAGGAUGGCAAGCAGCUGAGUUCCAGUAAGACUGUCCACAUGGAGUCAAAGGGCAAGAGUCGUCAGCUGGUCCUGGACAGUGUGGAGAAGAAAGAUGUUGGGGAGUACACCUGUGAGGCUGGAAGUGAGAAACUGGUCUUUAAGAUUCAGGUUGCAGAAAUCCAAGCUGGAUUUGUGAACAAGGAGUCUGUGCAGAGGGAGGUGAAAGUUGCUCUCUCCCAGAAGGCCACUCUGAGCUGUGACGUGUCUGACUCCAAGACAGAGGUGAAAUGGUACAAGGAUGGCAAGCAGCUGAGUUCCAGUAAGACUGUCCACAUGGAGUCAAAGGGCAAGAGUCGUCAGCUGGUCCUGGACAGUGUGGAGAAGAAAGAUGUUGGGGAGUACACCUGUGAGGCUGGAAGUGAGAAACUGGUCUUUAAGAUUCAGGUGGCAGAGGCCCAAGCUGGAUUUGUGAACAAGGAGUCUGUGCAGAGGGAGGUGAAAGUUGCUCUCUCCCAGAAGGCCACUCUGGGCUGUGACGUGUCUGACUCCAAGACAGAGGUGAAAUGGUACAAGGACGGCAAGCAGCUGAGUUCCAGUAAGACUGUCCACAUGGAGUCAAAGGGCAAGAGUCGUCAGCUGGUCCUGGACAGUGUGGAGAAGAAAGAUGUUGGGGAGUACACCUGUGAGGCUGGAAGUGAGAAACUGGUCUUUAAGAUUCAAGUGGCAGAUGUCUCUGCCAAAUUCCAGAAAAAGUCUGCGAUGAAAGAAACAGUUGUAGUACAUGCAACUGAGAAGACUGUUUUGACCACAGAGUUGACAUCGGAGAAUGCAAGCGUUAAGUGGUUCCGCGAUGGUGUGGAACUGAAAGAGAGUGCAAAGUAUGAGAUGAGGAGGGAGGGUCUCUCCUGUACCCUGGUGGUGAAUUCCAGUGAAACAAAAGACAGUGGUACAUACACCUGCCGGACGGACGAUGACAAGAUUGAGUUCAAAGUUCAAAUUAAAGAGCCCCCACUGAAGUUUGUGGUGCCACUGGCGGCAGUCACGGCUGUGCUGGAGGACACACUGAUUCUGUCUUGCCAACUGAACAGAGCCAAGGGAGACGUGCUGUGGCGUCAUAAUGGUAAAGAGAUCAAACCCUUUGGCAGACACAGCAUCAGUGCUGAUGGUGCCAACCGAAUCCUCACCAUAACUGCUGUGACCCAGGAUGAUGAAGGGGAGUACAGUUGCGAAUGUCGGGAAGACAAGACCUCUGCUAAGAUCACCACCAAAGCUCCCCGCCUGGUGAAGUUCACCUCCAAACUGAGCAACAUUGUUGCAGUUGAGGGAAAAGACGCCAUCUUUAAGUGUGCCAUCACACCCGCAGAUGUGAGCGUGAGGUGGUUGUGUAACAACGUACCCAUCACUGCAGGUGCCAAAUAUAAGAUAGCCCACGGAGGGACAAGUCAUUCCCUCACCAUCUCAUCUGUCAGUCAGGAGGAUGCUGGAGAGAUCAGUGUGGAUGCUGAAGGGAAGGUGUCCAAAGCCACUCUGCAAGUACAGCAGGUCCCUGUCACAUUUAAGAAGAAGCUGGAGAACCUGAGUGUGCAGGAGCAGGAUAAGGUGAGCCUGGAGGUGGAGCUGAGCAGACCAUCUGCUGAUGUCAAAUGGAUGAAAAACAGCGUAGUGCUGCAGCCUGGAGGUAACCUGGAGAUCAGAGUGGAUGGUGCCAAACAGACUCUCAUCUUUAACAGCGUGACCUACGCUGACCGCGGCUAUUACUCAUGUGAAACGCUGGACGACAAGACCCAGGCCAAGCUCACGGUGGAAAUGAAGAAGAUAGGGGUGGUGAAAGGCCUUACAGAGACGAAAGUUCAUGAGAAGGAGACGGUGACAAUGGAAGUAGAGCUGAGCCAGCCUGAUGUUCCGGGAUCCUGGGCUAAGGACGGAAAGGCAAUCAAAGCAGGGCCCACAUGCCUCAUCACAGCCCUGGGAAAAAAGCAUUCCUUAACUCUGUCUCAGCUAAAGAUAGAAGACAGUGGCACCAUCUCCUUUCAGGCAGAGGGCAUCCACACCUCUGCUAAACUGACCGUCACAGAACCUCCUGCAAAGAUCUCCAAACCUCUUGAGGACAUCAAAGCACCAGAGAAGGAGAAGGUUACCUUUGAAUGUGAGGUUUCAAGAGCUAAUGCCGAUGUCAAGUGGUUUAAGGGUGAGGAGGAACUGAAGCCAGGAAAGAGACUUGGUAUCUACUCCCAGGGUCGAAAACGUAGUCUCCUCAUCCAUAAGUGUGCCUAUGAAGACCAGGGCACAUACAGCUGCCACACCAGCCAUGACAAUACUUCAGCCAAGCUCACCGUUCAUGCCCGAGAUAUAAACAUUGUGAAGGAGCUGGAGGAUGUGGAGGUGAUGGAGAAAGAGAGUGCUGCAUUCAUUUGUGAGGUUUCUCAUGACGAGGUAGAGGGAGAGUGGCACAAAGACAACACCAAACUCAAAGCUGGAGACAACAUCAAAAUGAGACAGGAGGGUAGAACAUUUGUGCUGCUGUUUAAGUCUGUGAAAGCAGAGGAUGCAGCUGAAAUCAAGUUCACAGCAGAGAAAGCCUCUUCAACUGCUAAGCUGAAGGUCAAAGAGCUGCCUGUCAGGUUUGUGAAGAAACUGAGAGACAAAAUUGCCAUGUACAAACACCGGGGGCACCUUGAGUGCCAGGUUUCGCGAGCCAGUGCCAAGGUCAAGUGGUACAAGAACAAGAAGGAAAUCAAAGCAAGCAAAAAGUAUGAGAUCACCAGCGAGGAUAUCUACCGCAAACUGACCAUCAACGAUGUGGACUCUGGCGAUGAGGACACAUACACGUGUGACGCUAUUGAUGAUAAGACUUCAUGUCAGCUGCUUGUAGAGGAACAAGCUAUAAGCAUAGUGCGGCAGCUUAGCCCUGUGGAAGUCACAGAGCCCUUCGCCGCCUACUUUGAGGUUGAGAUAAGCAUGGAGUCUGUGAAGCCGGUCAAAUGGACACUGAAUGGUGAGCCACUGAGGGAGAGUGUGGACGUAGAGAUGGAGAAAGAAGGCACGAUGCAUCGUCUCACCUUUAAGAAAUCCAAGGCCUCUAUGACCGGGCUUGUCCAGUUCACUGCUGGCAAGAGCAAGUCUGUUGCUCAGCUGACUGUGAAAGAGCGUCCCAUUGAAUUUGUGGAGCCUCUCAAAGACAUGACAGCCAAGGAGAAGGACUCAGCAACACUGAUCUGCAAACUGUCUGCACCCCCCAAAGAGGUGCAGUGGUUCAGAGGUCAAACCCUGCUGGAGGCGUCAAACAAGUACAGCAUGAAACAGAACGCAGCAAAUGUGCAGCUGACCAUCCAGGGCCUGACUGCUGAGGACUCAGGAGAGUAUCGGUGUCAGGCUGGAUCCAGCGAGAGCAAAGCCACUCUAACAGUCGAAGUGCGCAAAAUCCAAAUCACCAAGCAUUUGGCAGAUGUGGAGGUUGACGAGGAUGGAGAUGCUUUGUUUACCUGUGAGAUCAACUACGCUGAUGAGGAGGUGCAGUGGCUGCUGAAUGACAAACCUCUGUUCACCAAUGACGUCAAUGUUAUACAGCAUGUGGGCAAGACCCACACCCUCACCCUAAAAAACCUGGCACCUGAGGAUGGAGGCAAGAUCACAUUUACUGUUAGAGACAUCAGAGAAACUGUGAACCUCAAGGUUAAAGAGAAACUGGCUGUCUUCUUGAAAUCCAUGGAUGAUGUCAUUGGAGAAGAGAAAGGCACUAUCACUCUGAAAUGUGAGGCCUCUAAGUCCAGGGUCUCCCCCAUCUGGAGAAAAGAUGGUACAGUCCUUAUUACUGGAACCAAACAUGAAAUCCAACACAAUGGCAAAGUCCUGAGCUUGACCAUCCGGGACAUUACACAGAGUGAUGCAGGAGAGUACACCUGUGAUCUUGGUUCAGACCUUGCCAAGUCAAAGGUCACAGUAAGAGAUAUUAGUAUUGGUAUCACCAAACGCCUGAAGUCAGUAGAAGCUAAAGCAGGCGAGAGCUGUACCUUUGAGUGUAUCCUGUCACGGGAGAGCACAGACAGUUGCUCUUGGAGCCUGAACGGCCAGCCUGUCACUCAUAGUGGACGUUUCCAGAUCAGCAGCAAAGGACGCAAGUACACCAUGACCAUCAAGGGAGUGACGGCAUCUGAUUCGGGCGAUGUGAUUUUUGCCAUAAAUGACUUGAGCUCGAAAGCAACUCUUGCUGUUGAGGGUAAAACAUUUAUUUUACUGAAGUUAGAGGCAGUGUGCGUUGCCCCUGGAGAGGAUGCUGUGUUUAGCUGUGAGUUGUCAGAAGCUGCUGAUAUCAAAUGGACCAAGGAUGGCAAAGCCAUACUGAAGAGUCAAAAGUAUGAGAUAAGCCAAGAGGCCAAGGUUAUGAAGCUUACUGUCCACAAUGUGACAGAAAAGGACUCUGGAGAAUAUAGCUGUCAGAUUGUUGGUGGGCUCUCUACCAAGGCCAAGCUAGAAAUCAAAGAGCCAGUCAAUAAGUUCAUCAGGGAGCUGAGAGAUGCUACGGUGGAGGAGAAAGGCACGGUGUCUCUGGAGUGUGAGACCGCCCAGCCUGCAACCAAAGUUACGUGGCUGAAAGGGGCAAAGGAGCUGAAGCCAGGGGGAAGGUAUCAGAUGACCCAGCGCAGAACUGUCCUUAUCCUCACCAUUAACAACCUGGAAAAGAAUGAUGGUGAGGCCUACUCCUGUAAUGUGGGCACUGCUAAGAGCACAGCGAAACUGACUGUGCAAGCAAAGCCUGCCAAGUUUAAACAAAAGUUGAAGGACCAGAAUGCCACAGAGGGUGAAAAGGUCAUUCUCUGCUGUGAGCUGUCUAAACCUGGAUGCAGUGUCCAGUGGAAGAAGGGGUCUGAGAACCUGAGAGCCAGUGAAAAAUAUGAGAUGAUAGAAAAGGAUUCAACAUUUGAGUUGCACAUUAAGAGUUUGACUGUAAACGACAGUGCGGAGUACUCCUGUGAAUGUGGAGAUCAAAGAACUACAGCCAGGCUGCUUGUUAAUGCGUUACCAGUGACCUUCAAACAUGAGCUCCAGAGCCAGGAGGCUGAAGAGGGGGGCAGUGUUACUCUACACUGUGAGAUCUCUAAAGCUGGAGUACCUGUGGAAUGGAGGAAGGGAACACAGGUCCUGAAGUCUGGAGAAAAGUACCAGAUGACACAGAAGGCCUCCCUGUGUGAACUUGUGAUCAGCAAAGUUCUACCAGAAGACAGUGGAGACUAUACAUGUGUGUGUGGAGAACAGAAGAGCACAGCAAAUAUUAAGAUAAAGGCGUUACCAGUGACCUUCAAAUGUGAGCUCCAGAGCCAGGAGGCUGAAGAGGGGGGCAGUGUUACUCUACACUGUGAGAUCUCUAAAGCUGGAGUACCUGUGGAAUGGAGGAAGGGAACACAGGUCCUCAAGUCUGGAGAGAAGUACCAGAUGACACAGAAGGCCUCCCUGUGUGAACUUGUGAUCAGAAAAGUUCUACCAGAAGACAGUGGAGACUAUACUUGUGUGUGUGGAGAACAGAAGACCACAGCAAAUAUUAAGAUAAAGGCAUUACCAGUGACCUUCAAACAUGAGCUCCAGAGCCAGGAGGCUGAAGAGGGGGGCAGUGUUACUCUACACUGUGAGAUCUCUAAAGCUGGAGUACCUGUGGAAUGGAAGAAGGGAUCACAGGUCCUGAAGUCUGGAGAAAAGUACCAGAUGACACAGAAGGCCUCCCUGUGUGAACUUGUGAUCAGCAAAGUUCUACCAGAAGACAGUGGAGACUAUACAUGUGUGUGUGGAGAACAGAAGAGCACAGCAAAAGUAGAAAUCAGUGCGUUACCUGUGACCUUCAUACGUGAGCUCCAGAGCCAGGAGGCUGAAGAGGGGGGCAGUGUUACUCUACACUGUGAGAUCUCUAAAGCUGGAGUACCUGUGGAAUGGAGGAAGGGAACACAAGUCCUCAAGUCUGGAGAGAAGUACCAGAUGACACAGAAGGCCUCCCUGUGUGAACUUGUGAUCAGCAAGGUUUUACCAGAAGACAGUGGAGACUAUACAUGUGUGUGUGGAGAACAGAAGACCACAGCAAAUAUUAAAAUAAAGGUGUUACCUGUGACCUUCAAAUGUGAGCUCCAGAGCCAGGAGGCUGAAGAGGGGGGCAGUGUUACUCUACACUGUGAGAUCUCUAAAGCUGGAGUACCUGUGGAAUGGAGGAAGGGAACACAGGUCCUCAAGUCUGGAGAGAAGUACCAGAUGACACAGAAGGCCUCCCUGUGUGAACUUGUGAUCAGCAAAGUUCUACCAGAAGACAGUGGAGACUAUACUUGUGUGUGUGGAGAACAGAAGACCACAGCAAAUAUUAAGAUAAAGGCAUUACCGGUAACCUUCAAACGUGAGCUCCAGAGCCAGGAGGCUGAAGAGGGGGGCAGUGUUACUCUACACUGUGAGAUCUCUAAAGCUGGAGUACCUGUGGAAUGGAGGAAGGGAACACAGGUCCUCAAGUCUGGAGAGAAGUACCAGAUGAAACAGGCUGGAUCGAAAGUAGAGCUAAAGAUCUUUGAUCUGAAGCCUGAAGACAGCGGAGAAUACAUCUGCUCCACAGGAGAUGCACAAUGCACUGGGCACGUGAGAGUUAAUGCCCUUCUGGCCAUUUUCACCCAAGAGCUGAAGAACCAGGUAGCUAGGGAAGGAAACAGCGCUAUCCUGUGCUGUGAGCUCUCCAAACCAGACGUUCCAGUUGAGUGGAUGAAGGGUGAAGUGGGCCUUUGCCCUUGUGCCAAAUAUGAAAUGAGCCAAAGUGGUCACAGAGCUCAGCUAAUUAUUCAUGGACUGGAUCCAGCUGACUCUGGUGACUACACUUGUGACACUGGGAUACGGAAAAGCACUGCACACCUGGAAGUGAAGGCCCUCCCUGUGCUUUUUAAGACCCACCUACACAAACAGGAGGCUGAAUACAUGGAAACUGCCACAUUCCGAUGUGAGGUCACUAAGCCCGCAGCCAAAGUUGUGUGGAAGAAAGGAACAAAGGUUCUGGAGUCCGGCCACAAAUACCAAAUAAAACAAGAUGGUGUAGCGAUGGAGCUGGUCAUCUUUAAUUUACAGGGAUCUGACUCUGGAGAAUAUUCUUGUGACACAGGAGAUGAUAUAACGUCAGCUAAACUCGUUGUUAAGGAACUGGACAUCACCAUACUAACUGGUUUGAAGAGCUGCAUCGUUAAUGAGGGUGAUGAUGUGAGCUUUGAAUGCCUUGUCUCCCAUGACAAUGCAUCUGGCAUACAGUGGAAACUUCAAGAUGUCCCACUCCAGAACAAUGAGAUGAACAAGAUCCGAGCUGAGGGCAAGAGACACACUCUUACUCUCCGGAGUGUCACUCCAAAAGACUCAGGCACAGUUACCUUCAGCAUAGGCCCUCAUACCUCCUUUGCCUCUCUCACAGUCAAAGAGGCCCCUGUGGUUUCGUUCACUGAAGACCUGAAGAGCCAGGAAGGUAUGGAGGGAAAGGAAGCCUCGCUAAGCUGCCAGAUCUCUGUCGCUGAUGCUACUGUGACUUGGAAGAAAGGCACAAAGGUGCUCUCAGAAGGAGAGAAAUAUUCCAUUGGAAGAGAAGGCACAGUCCAGACAUUGAUAAUCCGCAAACUAACCAUGGAGGAUGCUGGAGAGUACACCUGUGAAGCAGAGGGCAAAAAGAGCACAGCGACUUUGACAGUCAAAGAGUGUGUGCACAUCACACGAGAGCUGAGAGAUGUGACUGUGACAGCUGGUGAGGAUGCCCAUUUCUGCUGUGAAGUGUCUAAGGCUGGCAUUACAGAUGUUGAGUGGUGGUUAGGCUCAAACCAACUACAGAGCAAUGAUCUGAAUCAGAUCAGCUGCCAAGGGAGGGAGCACAGCCUUGUGUUGAAAAUGGUCGCACCAGAUGACUCAGGUGACGUUGCCUUUGUGGUGGGCACAGAGAAAAGCGUUGCCUGCAUGCUAGUGCAAGAGAAACCCAGAGUUAUAUUCUUGGAAAAGCUACUGGACAUAACAGCUAAAGAAGGUGACACAGCCACAUUGUCCUGUAUGAUCUCCGACCCCAAAGCUACUGUCACAUGGUACAAAGACGGGGUGAUGAUAAAGUCAGGGGGCAGAUAUCUACUCCACAAGGACAGAGCCAUUCACCAGCUGCGUAUCCUUAAAGUUGAGGAAGGGGACGCUGGGCUGUACAAGUGCGAUACUGGACAUGCACAAAGCAGCGCUGCUCUUACUGUCAAAGGUCUACCUGUGUUCUUCCGGAAAGAGUUACAAAAUCAGGAGGCUAUUGAGGGAGACACAGUGACCUUAGUCUGUGAGGUGUCAAAGCCAGGUGUCAGUGUAGAGUGGCGUAAAGGUGGAGUGGUGCUGCAGCCCAGUAAGAAGUACCAGAUGAAGCAGAAUGGAUGUGUACAGGAACUACAUAUCCAUGACCUGCAACCAGAAGAUAAUGGCUACUACACCUGUGAUGCUGGAGAACAGCUGACCACAGCCUCUGUGGCAGUUCAAGUGGGAGAGGUGCUCAUAGUGUCGGGUUUAAAGAACACUGACGUGUUCAUGGGUGAGCAGGCAGUAUUCUCCUGUCAGCUCUCCCGUCGCACUAAGGGCAGAGUUCAAUGGUGGUUGGACGGGACCCGUUUGGAGAACAGUCCCUUCAGCGAAAUAGGAGUGGGUGAUGACAAUGUCCAUACUCUCAUCCUUAAGAACCUGGCCCCAGAUGACUCAGGCACCGUCAUGUUUAAAACGGGUGGUCUGGUGUCUUCAGCGAAGCUGUUAGUGAAAGAUCCUACGGUGGAGGUGGUCAGUGCUAUGGAGGACCUACAGAUAGCAGAGAACCAGCCAGCAGAGUUCAUCUGCCAGUAUUCGCGUCCAGUCAAGGCAGUUUGGAAGCUAAAUGGGCUCCCAAUACUUCCAGAUGGCCACAGAGUCAUAGUGGAACAGGACUGGAAUGUUGCCCGGUUGUACAUUAGCCGUGUAAUCCCUCAGGAUGAGGGCGUGUAUUCCUGUGAGGCAGAUGGCACCUGUGUUGUGGCCCAGUUGCAGGUGCAAGCCAAACCUAUCGAUAUUGUGCAAGGCCUGGAGAAUGUGGAGACUAUUGAUGGUGGUGAGGCAUUGUUUGAGUGCUCACUCUCCCGUCCUGAGUCUAAAGACUGCCGCUGGCUAAUAAAUGGCAAACCUGUUCAAGAAUCAGCUAACGUGGAGAUAGUAGCCUUUGAGAGUGGCCGACGACAUCUCCUCUUACUGAAAGAACUGCACGUUGGAGACAACUGCACAGUAACCUUCCAGGCUGGAGCUGCCACCACCACAGCACUCUUGUCUGUCAAAGGCUGGCAGCUGGACGUGGUUAAGCCUCUGGAGGACAAGACUGCCAUUGCGGGUGAGGAGGUGGAGUUUUCCUGUGUGCUCAGUGAGCCAGUGUCCGAGAAGGAGGUGACCUGGUAUGCUAAUGGGACUGAGCUGCGGCCUGAUGAGCACUGGGCCAUGAGGUCAAGUGGUUGUACGCACACCCUGAUCCUGAAGAAAGCCCAAGCUCAGCCUCCACAGGAAAUCACCUUCGCAGCACAGGAUGCUAUCUCCAUGGCCAAACUCACUACCAUUACGGUUCCUGAUCCUCCUGAAGACCCAGAACUGGUGAACAAGGGCAAGCAGUCAGUUACUCUGUCUUGGUUCACCCCGCUGAAUGAUGGAGGCAGCCCCAUCCUGGGCUACCGUGUGGAAAUGCGAUUAGCUGACAGUGUUCUCUGGCUCCCGUGUCAUACUGAGCCAGUGUGCAACACUGAGUUUGUGGUGGACAACCUCAUUCCAGGAUCUGGGUACAGGUUCCGGGUGGCAGCGAUCAACCAGGCAGGCACUGGAGAGCCUGUUCAGCUGCCUCAGACAGUCACACUUGAUGCUCCAGUAACUGUGACCAAACAGCUGUCGUGUUCUGAGUUGCACAAGGGAAAAAUGGCACGGCUUGAGUGCCAGCUCUCCUCUGAGAGCAAGCAGGUCACUUGGCUAAAGGACAGCAAAGAGAUCGAGAUGGGAGUCAAGUACCAGGUUCUGACAGAGGCCAAGACUCAAGUUUUGCUCAUUAAGGAUUUUGAGCCUGCUGACCAGGGAGUCUAUACAUGUGUGGCCUCAGAGGAAGCAGAGACCUCCAUCAACCUCAACCUUGAAGAUACAGAGAUACCUCAGGCAGAGCUGGAUGAAGGCGGCCAGCCCAGCCUGCCUCCCGAAUCUGCUGGUGAGGGUGACGUGCAUGCUCUUUGGGAAGCACUGGCUAAAAAGCGUCGCAUGAGUCGAGAACCUACUCUGGACUCAAUCUCUGAGUUGCCAGAGGAGGACGGGAAGGAGAAGGCACAGCUUAAAGAGGGAGAAGAACCUCAGAAGGUGGAGGUGAAAGAGAGCAUUUCCACAGAACCUACUAUGGCAGCGGCAGAGCCCAAUCUCUACACCAGCUCUGAUGAUGAGUCCCUCAGUGGUACACCCAGCUUGGUCUCCUAUCUCAAGAAGAGCAGCAAGUCCACCCUCACAGUGGCUGGCCAAGCUCAGAGCAUAUCCACCAAGAAGUUCUAUGAGCACUUCCAGAUGACGGAGCAAACAGUGCAGCAGACAACAGAGGAGAAAUCAACAAUGGAGAUUUCCAAGGAGGACGAAUCAGAGAUGCGGGAAGCUGCCAUCAAGAUCCAAGCAGCUUUCAAGGGCUACAAGACUCGUAAGGACAUGCGACCUGUCUUCAAAGAAGUUUUUAAGGACCAGACUAAAGAGCCGAAUGGAACAAUUCACUUGGAGUGUGUGACCGAGGGAAAGCCGGACAAGGUUCUCUGGCUAAAAGACGGAGAGCCCUUGACAGAUGGCAAGCACUACCACAUUGAUAUCUACAAUGAUGGCACCUGCUCCCUGGUCAUCACAGCUGCCACAACCAAAGACACUGGUGUUUACACUUGUGAGGUAACCAACAAGUUUGGUGUCAUCAGUCACAGCGGGAAAGUGACAGUCGGAUCCUUAAGGGAAUCAUCUGGCCGCCGGCCACUAACUGUGGGCUAUAGUGCUGAUAGUGAACCAGAAAGCUCCUCUGGCAGUGAAAUGGAUGAGUCACUGCGUCAGGCCAGCAAACGUUUGCGAAGACUCCUCCGCACUCGUCUCCCUCCAGAUGUGGAGGAGGAGCCAUUCGUGAGUGCUGAUGAAGGUGACCUCCCGGAUCCACAUUCCUAUCGUGAGGAUGACCGCUACAUCUACAUCCGAUUCGACAGCAGAGAGGAGGCUCAGGUGGCCUCUCAGCGCUUCCAAGAGAUGUUCACUCAGCAAGGGGUUCCCGUGGAAACCACCAUCCUUGAGGCAGGGAAUAAGGUGGAGCUGCGUAUCAUGAAAAUGGGCUACACCCAAGAUGGCUCUCAGACCCCAACACAGGACAGGCAGCUGCCUGCUUUUAUGACUGGAGCACCUGCGGCCCCUGUCUUUCUGACGGAGCUUCAUAGCCAGGAGGUGCCUGAUGGUUACCCCGUCAGCUUUGACUGUGUGAUUAUUGGUAAGCCUCCUCCCAGCGUGCGCUGGUUUAAGGACGGGAAGUUGCUGGAGGAGAAUGACCACUACAUGAUCAAUGAGGACCAGGAGGGCUGCCACCAGCUCAUCAUCAUGUCUGUGCUGCCGUCUGACACAGGCGUUUACCGCUGCAUGGCAGAGAACGACAGUGGCGUCGCAUCCACCAAGGCUGAGCUCAGGGUGGACAUGUCCUGCAGCUCAGACUAUGACACCGCAGCUGACGCCACGGAGACAUCUUCAUACGUCAGUGCCAAGGGCUAUAUCUCCCGGGAAACUGAGGCCUUUGAGUCAGUGGCUGAGGAGGAGCAGCUUCCACAGGUUCUGGAUGAGCUACAUGAUGUCCACAUCUGCCCUGGGGCACCCAUAGCCAAAAUGAGCGUCAGGGUUAAAGGAUUCCCUACACCAAGAGUUUACUGGUUCAAAGAUGGCACACCACUGCGACCUUCAGACCGGAUUCUGGUGUCAGCGGAACAUGGUCUUCACAGCCUGGAGAUUUUAGAGGUGACCCGUGAGGACAUGGGGGAGUACUCUGCCUAUAUUAGCAAUUCAGCUGGCUCAGCGUACUCUUCUGCCCGGAUGAUUGUUUUGGGUCCAGGAGAGUGUCUACCUGACCAAGGAAGACCCAAGGAUUCAAAGGAGCCAUUGGUUCCUCCACGGUUCCUGGAGAGAUUUACCAACAGGAGUGUGAAGCAAGGAAACAGCAUCACCCUGUCUGUCAAAGUGGAAGGUUCUCCUAGUCCCUCCAUCACCUGGCUGAAGGAGAAGUCUGCGGAGGAUGUCCUUUGGAUCAAAGCAGACACUAGAGGCUAUAAAGUGGCCAGCUCUGGACGCCAGCACAGUCUCAUUCUGAUGGACGUAAGCAAGGAGCACAGUGGCACAUACACAUGCAUCGCCACCAACAGGGCGGGGCAGUCCUUGUGCUCAGCUCACCUGUCUGUGGAGGAAGGUGAGAAACCACACCAUGGUCUCUAAACUCUAUCAGCUGCUUUGACUCUGGGCAUUACAAUCAGCCCACCAGAGGAGGAGACUAAAGAGACAAAAAUGCCUUUUCUGGGUGAAGUCGGCACUGAGGAGUUUCUUCAGAAGCUCACCUCCCAGAUCACUGAAAUGGUUUCAGCCAAGAUCACCCAAGACAGCUUACAGAACCAUCAAGUGCUCCAGUGGAUGAGGUCUUGGCCCAAAGUAUCCACCUCACUGCGUGUUCCGGGGGCUGACAGUGAUGAUGAGACGAAGACACCGUCUCCCUCCCCUCACCACGGCCGCUCCCGGCCUGCCUCUCUCAUCGUAGACUCCUCUUCAGAGUCCGACGAAGGAGAUGCACGAGGAGAGAUGUUUGAUAUCUAUGUUGCCACUGCCGACUACACCCCGUCUGGAGUCAGUAAGGAGUCCAUAGCCCUGAAGGAGGGCCAGUACGUGGAGGUUCUGGACUCUGCCCACCCACUCAAAUGGCUAGUGCGCACCAAGCCCACCAAGACCAACCCCUCUCGUCAGGGUUGGGUCUCGCCAGCAUAUCUGGACAAGAGGCUUAAGCUGUCUGCUGAUGCCAGUGAGGUGCCUGAGGCCACAGGAGAGGAGGUCACUGAGGGUGAAUACAAGAAAAAACUUUGUCAACUUAUCCAAGAUUUGAUCGAUACUGAGGGUGAAUUUGUGAACGAGAUGGAGUUCUUCACCUCCCACCAUCUCACACAGUUGGAGAAAGAGGAGACUCCAUCAGACAUUGCCAGCCUGAAAGAGAUCAUAUUCCGAAACAUCAGCGAUAUCAGAUCCUUCCACAGCAGUUCUCUGCUGCCUGGCCUGAGUGAGUGCGACACAGAUGAUGACGUGGCGAUGAGGUUCCUGAGAAACGCUGAGGGCUUUGAGAAAUACCUUCAGUACCUGGUGGGCCAGACACAGGCCGAGUCAGCCGUCAGUGAGAAAGCCAUAUACCAGUUCUUCAAGGAAUACACAGACACUGAGUUGGCCAGUGUUGAGGGUCCAGUGCUGAGUAUUAAUGCCUACCUGCAGAGGCCAUUGGAGAGGAUACAGAAAUACAAAGCUGUGCUUAAGGAGCUGAUCCGUAACAAAGCCAGGAACGGACAGAAUUGUUGUCUUCUGGAGGAAGCUUAUGCCAUGGUUUCCUCUCUACCUCAACGUGCUGAAAACACUCACCACGUCUCUCUAAUUGAAAACUAUCCCGCCACCCUUGAAGUUCUAGGAGAGCCUAUCAGACAGGGUCCUUUCAUUGUGUGGGAGGGGGCACCUGGAAUCAGAACCUCGUCACGUGGGCACCAUCGCCACGCCUUCCUCUUCAAAAAUUACAUCAUCAUUUGCAAACAAAAGAGAGACACAAAUACGGACACUCAAGCCUACAUCUUUAAAAACAUGAUGAAGCUGACCAACAUUGAUGUGAACGAGACAGUUGAGGGUGAUGAGCGUGCGUUUGAGAUUUGGCACGAGCGUGACGACUCAGUGAGGAAGUACACUCUGCAGGCGCGAACUGUGAUCAUCAAAAACUCCUGGCUACGUGACCUCCGUGACCUCCAGCAACGCUACAGCCUGCCAGCAUGGAGUCCUCCAGAUUUCGAAGAGGUUCUAGCAGACUGCACGGCAGAGCUUGGACAGACAGUUAAACUGGCCUGCAAAGUUGUAGGAACACCCAAGCCAGCAGUCAUCUGGUACAAAGAUGGUCGGACUGUGGAGGCUGAUCCCCACCAUAUCAUCAUCGAGGAUCCUGAUGGCUCGUGCACCCUCAUCCUGGACAACAUGACAGCUGAUGACUCUGGCCAGUACAUGUGCUUUGCCACCAGCUCCGCUGGAAACGCCAGCACCCUGGGCAAGAUCACAGUCCAAGUUCCACCACGGUUUGUGAAUAAGAUUCGAAAUGCCACCCUUAUCCCGGGUGAAGAUGCCCAGUUUACCUGUACCAUUCAAAGUGCUCCAAGCCCUAAGAUCAGAUGGUUUAAGGAGGGCCGUUUGCUGACAGACCAGGAGAAGUACCAGACAUACAGUGAACCCCGCAGUGGAGUUCUGGUUCUGGUUAUCAAAAACCCUGGAGAAAGAGACCUGGGACACUAUGAAUGUGAGCUGUCCAACCGUCUCGGCAGUGCCAAAUGUGGAGCCGACCUGUGCCCACCAUCCGUAGUGAAGGCAGGGGAACAUAGGGGAGAGCAGGCUAUAACCAUUGAAGUCACAGAACAGGAGACUAAAGUGCCAAAGAAAACCAUUAUCAUAGAGGAGACCAUUACCACAGUGGUGAAAAAUACUCGAAUGAAACGGCACAUGUCCCCACGAACAUCAGCCAUGGGUGCUUACCGUUCUGAGAGCUCCACCCCAGAGCCCCCACGGCAGAGGCGGAUGCUCGCUCGAAAAGCUGUGCCCACACUGUAUGUCACAGAGCCCGAGGGGGCAACAGCAAAGAACCCCAAAUGGGUGGAAGUAGAGGAGAUAAUUGAGUACAAAGUGAACAAAUCCCCAAAGUUACCCAGAAGGAGAGGUACCUCCCCUGGCCGACCACCAAAGAGGUCUCCCCCAGAAAACCCCAAUGCCAACAACUCAAACAAUAAGCUUGUGGAAGGAGCCCAGAUGUCAAUGGGACAGCAGAACUUCACAGGCGCUGACACACAAACACUGUCUUGGAACAAUGACGAGUCUGAGACAAGCCCUGAGGUCAAUGGUUCUGAAGAUGGAGUUGUGGAGAGUAAACCACUGGACUUUGGCUUGGAAGGCACAGACUCGGAAGAGGACGACAAAGAAACUGUUGUCAUUACAGAACCAGACAAUGACCAAGAUGAACUUGACACAAGAGACCGCAAGAUGUUGACCCAAGGAGACCGAGUACUUACCCUCGCAGACUUGGAAGAUUAUGUUCCCCAAGAAGGUGAGACUUAUGGCUGCUCGAGCAAUCAGCAGACCCCAGUUGAAAAGCCCUCUGAGGUCUCAGUGGUACAGAGGGACAUAGGUGAACCCACUGUCGGGCAGCCAGUCCUGCUCAACCUGGGACGUCCGGUAAUGCUCCCUAAACCUCGUCCUGGAUUCUUCAGUCGCUUCAAGGAUCAACUCUCAAAUGUAUUGUUUACCUCAGAUACAUCAACCGCCAGCAGUCCUUCAUCUAGGCAAGAGAAAAUUGUGCCUAUUCACGUGAGUGGGGCAUCAGCACUUAGCCUGUCCUUUGGAGGCACUGCAGAGCCUUCCAAGGGCCAUGCCAAGCUGGAUGUCAAACCAAGGUAUUAUUCUGAGGUCCAGAGGAACACAGAGGGUGGCCAGCAGAGCUUCAAAACGGAAGUUUCUGCUCAAAUUGGUGAGCCGGUCACUCUUAAGAUCACCAAGAAGAACCUGUUCCAAAAAUAA